GUUUAAGCCACCAGGACAGAUUUCAGUGACUGAUUUCUGAAGAUCUGCAGCAUUUGACUGUUGAACUGUAUGGAAAAGUGAGGACCUGAUCUUACCAGCUUGGAACCAGUUGAGUUUCCUCCUCCUCCGUGAGAGUCUUGCCACCGAUCUCAAUCUCCAGCCUCUUAUUUCUUCUCCAUAUUAGUCUCUCUGAGCUCCAUCCUCCUCUUCCUGUGCUGCAUCGCUCUACCUCAUGGCUGCCUGGUGCUGAUGCUGAUGCUGAUGCUGCUGCUGAUGUCAUCACCGCCUCCCAGCAUCCCUGCCACAUCUGCGCCGCCAUUUUCCCCACUUUCAGACUGACGGAUUGGAGGGACGGAUUGACGGCGGGGCAAGCUGGAGCACCCCGCACCCAUCCUCCUGUUUAUCUCGCUCGGCUCCUCGCUCCUCCCUCCUCCCCGGCUCCCACUCGUCUCCGUCUGACGCACCGCCGCGUUCAGCCCUCAGCCCACUGGAAGCCGGAGCUGAGGCUGACUCCCUCUCUCGGCGGAUUCUCCAUGUAUGGAUGCGCAAAGGGAAAUGAUGCUGUAGGUUAACCAAAGACAGAGAGAACGACCCGAAAAGAACACAGUCGGCUGAGGGGACCGAAGGAGGAGGAGGCACCGGAGGAUCCUGGAGCCGUUUUGAAUGGGCAGGGGAUUCACCCUCUGUGGUUGUCGAGUCUGAGGUGUGCGUCUGUAGCCACACGGAUCUCCAGCUCUUCGAAUCGCUCAAAAACCCACCUGCAGCAUGGCGGGGGCCUCGGUGAAGGUGGCGGUGAGGGUCCGACCCUUCAACUCCAGGGAGAUCGGGAAGGAGAGCAAGUGCAUCAUUCAGAUGUCAGGAAACACAACGACAAUCCUGAACCCCAAACAGCCCAAGGAAAACAAGAGCUUCAACUUUGACUUUUCUUACUGGUCACACACCACGCCUGAGGACAUCAACUAUGCGUCCCAGAUGCAGGUGUACAAGGACAUCGGAGAGGAGAUGCUGCUUCACGCCUUUGAAGGCUACAACGUGUGUAUAUUUGCAUACGGACAGACGGGAGCAGGCAAAAGCUACACCAUGAUGGGCCGACAGGAAAAAGACCAGCAGGGAAUCAUUCCUCUGCUGUGCGAGGACCUUUUCACCAAGAUCAGUGACAGCAAUAAUGACAACAGCAUGUCUUACUCUGUGGAGGUCAGUUACAUGGAGAUCUACUGUGAGCGUGUACGUGACCUGCUGAACCCCAAAAACAAAGGAAACCUGCGUGUCCGAGAGCACCCACUGAUGGGACCCUACGUCGAAGAUCUGUCCAAACUCGCCGUCACCUCCUAUAACGACAUCCAGGACCUGAUGGAUUCUGGAAACAAGGCCAGGACUGUGGCAGCCACCAACAUGAACGAGACCAGCAGCCGCUCCCACGCCGUCUUCAACAUCAUCUUCACGCAGAAGAAACACGACAUGGAGACGGACAACACAUCAGAAAAGGUCAGCAAGAUCAGUCUGGUGGACUUGGCUGGCAGUGAGAGAGCCGACUCAACCGGAGCUAAAGGAACCAGACUGAAGGAAGGAGCAAACAUCAACAAAUCUCUGACCACACUGGGGAAGGUUAUUUCUGCUCUGGCUGAACUGGACUCAGCACCGAACAAGAACAAGAAAAAGAAGAAGGUGGAGAGUUUUAUCCCCUACAGAGAUUCAGUUCUGACUUGGCUACUGAGGGAGAACUUGGGAGGAAACUCUCGCACAGCCAUGGUGGCUGCCCUCAGCCCUGCAGAUAUUAACUAUGAUGAAACCCUCAGUACCCUCCGUUAUGCUGAUCGUGCCAAACAGAUCCGCUGCAACGCUGUGAUCAAUGAGGACCCCAACAACCGGCUGGUGCGCGAGCUGAAAGAGGAGGUGGCUCGUCUCAAAGACCUGCUGUACGCUCAGGGCCUGGGAGACAUCAUAGAGACGUAUCGCUGCACCGGCCCCACCAUCGCUGGUUUGAAAUAUCUGUGCGAUUACAAGAACUUUGUGAAUAAUCGCCAGGCUGUCAAUCAAAGGGGUGAUCUCUCCACAGUGACAAAUGCCAUGACGGGAAUGAGCCCCUCUCCCUCGCUCUCCGUCCUGUCCAGCCGCGCCGGCUCCAUCAACAACCUCCACGAUCGCAUUUUCAGCCCAGCCAGCGAAGAGGCGAUCGAAAGGCUCAAGGAAACUGAGAAAAUCAUCGCAGAGCUGAAUGAGACAUGGGAAGAGAAGCUGCGUCGUACCGAGGCGAUCCGAAUGGAGAGGGAGGCCCUGCUGGCUGAAAUGGGUGUAGCCAUGAGAGAAGAUGGAGGCACUGUAGGCGUCUUCUCCCCCAAAAAGACCCCUCAUCUGGUGAACCUCAACGAGGACCCGCUGAUGUCCGAGUGUCUUCUGUAUUACAUCAAAGACGGCACCACCAAGGUGGGCCGUGAAAAUGCCAAGAGUCGCCAAGACAUCGUUCUCAGCGGCCAUUUUAUUAGAGACGAACACUGCACCUUCAGCAGCACCACCGGCCCUCAGGGAGAAGGAUGCGUUAUCCUGGAGCCAUGUGAGGGAGCAGAGACUUACGUGAACGGAAAGAGAGUGACCUCUCCUAUUGUUCUGCGCUCUGGGAACCGCAUCAUCAUGGGCAAGAGCCACGUGUUCCGCUUCAACGACCCGGAGCAGGCUCGUCUAGAGCGAGAGAGGACGCCGUGCGCCGAGACGCCGGUGGAGCCCGUCGACUGGGCCUUCGCUCAGAGAGAGCUGCUGGAGAAACAAGGCAUCGACAUGAAGCAGGAGAUGGAGCAGAGGCUUCAGGAGCUCGAGGAUCAAUACCGCAAAGAAAGAGAAGAAGCCAGUAACUUGCUGGAACAGCAGAGACUGGACUAUGAGAGUAAACUGGAGGCCCUUCAGAAACAGGUGGACUCUCGGUACCUGGAGUCACCUGAGGAAGAGGAGGAGCCCGAAGAGGAAGUGCCGUGGACAAAGCGAGAGACGGAGCUGGCGCUGUGGGCUUUCAGGAAGUGGCGUUUCUACCAGUUCACCUCCCUCAGAGAUCUGCUGUGGGGCAACGCCAUCUUCCUCAAAGAAGCAAAUGCUAUUAGUGUGGAGCUGAAGAAGAAGGUGCAGUUCCAGUUCGUCCUGUUGACAGACACACUCUACUCUCCUCUGCCUCCCGACCUGCUGCCCCCCAGUGUGGCCAAAGAGAGGGAGAGACGACCUUUCCCUCGAACGAUAGUAGCUGUAGAAGUGCAAGAUCAAAAGAACGGAGCUACACAUUACUGGACUCUGGAAAAACUCAGGCAGAGGCUGGACCUGAUGAGAGAGAUGUAUGACCGAGCUGCUGAGCUGCCCAGCAGUGCUGUGGAGGACUGUGACCACGCCCUGACAGGAGGAGACCCCUUCUACGACCGAUUCCCCUGGUUCCGCCUAGUUGGCAGGGCUUUUGUGUACCUGAGUAACCUGCUGUAUCCGGUGCCGCUGGUGCAUCGUGUGGCCAUCGUCAGUGAGAAAGGAGAGGUGAAAGGCUUCCUCAGGGUGGCUGUGCAGGCCAUCUCAGCUGAUGAGGAGGCCCCCGAUUAUGGCUCUGGUGUGAGGCAGUCAGGCACUGCCAAGAUCUCCUUUGAAGACAAACAGUUUGAGAAGUUCCAGACUGAGUCGUGUCCUGGUGGUCUGUCGCACUCCAACACCUCCCAGGAGGAGCUGAGAAUUGUGGAGGGAGAAGGACAGAACACUGAGACGGGAAUCUCUGCAGAUGAAGUCAACAACAACACCUGUGAAGCCACACAGGAAGUUCCUCAAAGCCCAGUGAAGAGUUUAGGUCUGGGUCUGGAUCUUCCUCUGGAUCUGUCUCCAGAAAAAGCUCUGUCCCACCUCAAGAUUGGCAGCACAUUCACCUUCAGAGUCACCGUCUUACAGGCUUCCAGCAUCUCGGCAGAAUACGCCGACAUCUUCUGUCAGUUCAACUUCAUUCAUCGUCAUGAUGAAGCUUUCUCCACUGAGCCGCUGAAGAACACCGGCCGAGGACCUCCGCUGGGCUUCUACCAUGUCCAAAAUAUCACAGUGGAGGUGACCAAGUCCUUCACGGAGUACAUCAAGACUCAGCCCAUCGUGUUUGAGGUGUUCGGACACUAUCAGAAGCAGCCCUUCCCUCCACUCUGCAAAGAUUUGAUCAGUCCGCUGAGACCCUCCAGGAGGCAGUUCCCUCGAGUAAUGCCGUUAUCCAAACCAGUGCCGGCCACCAAGCUCAGCACUCUGACUCGCUCCACUGCAGGACCUUGUCACGCCAAAUACGACCUCAUGGUCUUCUUUGAGAUCUGUGAGCUGGAAGCUAAUGGAGACUACAUCCCAGCUGUCGUUGACCACAGAGGAGGGAUGCCCUGCCACGGGACAUUCCUCCUACAUCAGGGCAUUCAGAGGAGGAUCACAGUUACCAUUGCUCAUGAAACCGGAAAUGAUAUUGAGUGGAAAGAGGUGAAGGAGCUGGUUAUCGGUCGUAUUCGAAACACACCGGAGGCCGAUGAGACCAUCAUAGACCCCAACAUCCUCUCCCUCAACAUCCUCUCAUCUGGAUACUUUUGGCCAAAACAUGACGACAACGUGUCCUUGGGAGUUGAUCAUAGAACCUUCUACCGAUUUGAGGCAGCGUGGGACAGCUCCAUGCACAACUCUCUGCUUCUGAACAGAGUCACUCCAUACGGGGAGAAGAUCUACAUCACUCUCUCUGCUUAUCUCGAGAUGGAGAACUGCACUCAACCGACUGUUAUCACCAAAGAUUUCUGCAUGGUAUUUUACUCUCGUGACGCGAAGCUGCCGGCGUCUCGCUCCAUCAGAAACCUCUUCAGCACCGGCUGCCUUCGGCCCUCUGAGAGUAACCGUGUAACUGGAGUCUAUGAAAUGACUCUGUGCCAUGUGGCCGACAACGGAAGUCCAGGCAUGCAGCGUCGUCGCAGGCGUGUGCUGGACACCUCGGUGGCGUACGUCCGAGGGGAGGAGAACCUGGCUGGAUGGAGGCCUCGCAGCGACAGCCUCAUUCUUGACCACCAGUGGGAGCUGGAGAAGCUCAGCUUACUGCAGGAGGUGGAGAAGACCAGGCACUACCUGCUGCUGAGGGAGAAGCUGGAGGCGACUCUGCAGGCGGGACAGGAUGCUCUCUACAAGAGCAGCGACAUCAGCGACUUUGCAAAGAGUCCCGUCCUCAGCCACAGUCCCGGCAGCAGCCCGGCCCCCGACAGCCCCAACCAGAGGCAGAGGGAGCUGGCUGCUAAGUGUCUGCGUCUGCUGAUGCACACCUUCAACAGGGAGUACAGCCAGGUGAGCAGCAGUGCCAGUGAGAGCAAGCUGUCUGAGAUGUCGGCAUCGCUAAUGAGAGACACGUCUUCUUCUGGACUGAGCACGCUCACUCCCUCUUCUACCUGCCCCUCACUGGUGGAGGGACAUUAUGACAUUAGACACACUGAGCCCAGUUCAGGAGCAUCCACACCAGACCUGGACCCGUACAGCCCAGUGGACAGAAAGAAAGCCCUCAGAGGAUGCACCUUUGUUCCUGAUAUACAGGAGAUUCGUGUCAGUCCCAUCGUGUCAAAGAAGGGCUACCUGCACUUCCUGGAGCCCCACACCAGUGGCUGGGUGAAGCGUUACGUGGUGGUGCGCAGACCCUACGUCUACUUGUACCGCAGCGAGAGGGACAGCGUGGAGAGAGCCGUCAUCAACCUGUCCUCUGCAAAGGUGGAAUACAGUGAAGACAAGCAGACUUUACUGCGGACCCCCAACACGUUUGCAGUGUGCACUGAGCAUCGUGGGAUCCUGCUGCAGGCCACCAAUGACAAAGAGAUGCAUGACUGGCUGUAUGCUUUUAACCCGCUGUUAGCCGGCACCAUCAGGUCAAAGCUCUCCAGGAGAAAGUCGAUCCAGUCGGUUCCAGCUGCUCAGAGGAUGUGAGAGGUGAAACCAGCCUGGUGGAAAACAGCAAACAAACAAUACAAUCUAAAAGCUCAGCUCAACAUCCUGCUCCUGCUGAACAUAUAACAAACUUAUACAUAGAACCAUUUAAAUAUUCCAGUGAUGGCCGCCCCCGUCCCGAAAAUCACUUAGCCGCUCAUUCCAAAAUCCGACAAAAAAAACACCCUCUGUCUGUUUUUGCUGCCGUCACCACCUCAAACCCUGCAUGGUUUACUCUCCUCUGACCUUUAGCAGAAAAACUAACCACCUAAAACUGUUAAAUAACUUACCUCUGCUGGGCAUUGGGGCGAUUAGUUUUCAUGUACAUGCAGAAACGGUUCAUCUACCAGUUCCCUGUAAAAAGCUAGUAUGUGCCCAGAUCCCUCCUUCAUCUAUCAUUACUGACAGUAAGUCCCAGUUGUAAACGAACAUUAGCCACCAACCAUUAACGGCAUCAGCUGAAGGAGAGAAUGAAAACAUCGAAGCGGAUGUUUCUCUGCGUAGAAGCGUGUUAAGUGCAGGGAUGGUAGCUCCAUAUACAUCACAUACAUACUGUACAUUACCUCAGUCUGGAUUGGCUCGGUGCUCUGCAGCGUAGAGCAUUUGUUUCACCGCAGAGGUUUCAAAUGGCAAAGAGAUCGCUGUUGCUCAUCAUUUUACCAUUGAAGUAGCAUGAGGAGGGAUUUGUUAGGACUAAAGGAUAAGCUGUUGUACCUGUGUCAUUUUUUUUAACUGGCUCUGCGAAAACUGAGUUCGUUGGCUAGACUAAGGCAAAAUAAUCCACGAUCAGGAGAGAUAACUCAUGUCCUUGCCUUGUUCUGCUUUCUUUCUUUCUUUCUUUUUUUUUACACUAUCCCUUGUAGGUAUAACCAUGAAGGACAAUGUUAUUUAUUGUUGCUAUCGUAGGUUGUCUGCAAUGUUAUUUCUUUGUGACAGGAGCUCUGACAGUUUCGUUGCAUGGCACUUUAUCGUCUUCAUUGAGUUGAUGUCUUGUGUCAUUUACUCAAUUGUUUCAACCAAAGCUUUUUAUUUCUUCUUUUAAUUGUUUCUAUCACUGUCCACUGUGCAGUUGUGUUAGCAGACAGAAAAAAAAAAUAAAAUCAUGGAUGUUUACUGAAUAGUUUGACAUUUUGGGAAGCGUUUCUCCUCAUUUAUGCUGAAAGUUAGAGGAGAGCACUGAUGGAAAAUAUGAAUUUGAAUCUUAACUUACCUCAGAUUGGAAACAAGGGGAAACAGAUUUAACGAAAUCAGCCACUACCUCUACAGCUCACGUGUAUCUUAUGUGUUUAAUCCAUGAAUAACCUGGGAUGGUUUGUGUAUUACCUGUUCAGGCACAGUGACUCCUAGCAUAAAGGCACAAACAAGAUACAGUUUAACUCUGAAUUUGUGAACUUUAGAGGUGCUGGGAGGUGGAUGUUUAUCACCUAGUUGAUCCCUGUCUUUAUUCUGAGCUAAGUUAAUCACCUCCCAUCUACAGUUUCAUAUUUAAUAGGUUUACAUGACAGUGUUGUCAGUAUCAUAUCGGUUCGUUUCUGUUCCCACACUUGGACCAAUCCCUAUGUGUGACGGGAAACAUUGAUCACUAUAUAUAUUGAGCACAUAACAAAUAAAAAGACAACAACUCCGGUGGCGAAGCAAAAUGUGAAUUUCCCAAAAUGUUACACUUUUCGUUUAAACAAGCCACUUCUACCUAAACUCGUGUUUUCAUGACAAACUGGGAGGACAACUGCACUGUGUGUGGUUUGUACUUUUUUAUUUUAUCAAACAAGCACUUAUUCUGUCUGUUAUGGGCCAGCAGAGUUGCUACAGUAAACAAGUUUACUAUAUAAGACUCCUCUUGUAGCUAAAUAGAAAGGACAAAGUUGUAAUUGACCAUGGACCUGUAACCUGUUGAGGGCAGUUGCUUCGAGUGGACAAGAGCGUUGUCCAUGCACCAGAUAGUGCCUCCCUUUUUUCACCUCUUUUUUCUCCCUCAUUCAUCUGUCUUUGGCAUUAACGCUAAAGUUAGUUACUCAUUAAGCUUUUAUGUAGAGUAAUAGUAGAUGCUAUGAAUCUCUUUUUUUUAAUUUUGAUGAUCUACGUCAAUGUUUUGGAGAGUAAAUAUUAUCGAUGAUCCUCUAUAGUCUGUUGGUAUAGCCUGUAAAAGUACAGUGCAGCGUAUAGCUCAUUUCAUGGACUGUAAAUGUUGCCUUUUGAAGCAAUCCUCCCCCUUAGCUUUGGUACUGUAGCUGCUAGAUAUUUCAGUCUGAUGCUUGUCAGAAACCAGUACAGUAUGAUUAGCUGGGUGUUGUUAUGACUUUCAUGUCCAAGGAUGGUUUUAGUUGCUUUUUAUCGCCCUUCAUUGUACCAAAGUGGCCCUAAGUUUUUUGCUUUAAUAUCAAUGUUAUCAGUAGAAGAUGAAAUAAAUGAACAAACUGUUUAUUUUUCCAUGCAAGAAUGACAAAAGGGGUUUUGUGUUUGCUCAUAUAUACAUUAUUAUGCAUUUUGCUCAUCAUAUAGGGAAGGCAUGGUCAGCCAGCCAGUUUGCCUUUCCCGUUUUCCUCCUGUUUUUCUUUACAACUUAUGAUAUUUUUUUUCUUUGGGGGGGGGGAGCUGGACUCAGUCAGUGAGCAGAAAAGAUUUAGGAAUCUGUGUGCCACAGGUCAGCCAACCUGUUGGGCAGUGCAGCCUAAUACUGAGAGCAGUGAAAGAAAUCUGACUCUGAUCAGCUCUGUUUUACAUUUUACGACACGUUUAUAGCCACCGUGGCUAAUUUAACUUUUAAAAUGAUAUUCUGUCUGUAAGCAAAGAAAUAAUUAAAGGUGUUUAUUUCUCAGUGGGCCAUCUUGGUACAAUCAAAUCUCUUCAGAAAAUAUUUUAUUGAUAUAUCCUGUAUGUUGUCUGCUGGUACAGAAGACAAAUGGAAAGUUUUAUUUAUUAGUUUUGAGGCAUAGAUUGUGUUUUGACACUAUAUUGCACUUACGCACAAAGCAUCUUUAUUUAAUAUUAUUUUUAUUAUGUUUUAAAAUAUAUAAAUGUGUGUUUUUUUUUAAGAAACAUUAUGGCCCUGUUCUGAAAGAGGAAGAAGAAUUAGUCUUUUUUUUUCUUCAGCAGUUAACACACCACCAAUUGCAUUGACUUUUCACUUUACAACUGGCAGACGACUUGCAAUGCUUCCAGCCCUAAUAGUUCCAGGGUAUCAUGUUAAAAAACACUUUGUGAGACAGUUUUAGCGUGCUGGCCAAUAAUUGUUGAAAGGUACACGAGUGGAUUAUUUUCUAUUUGGCUGCUUUUUAACUGUCAUAGCUCUGGAUCGAAGCAUUCCGGUCCACUUAUCUUCUGCUGUGCCCCGUCCCUCUCUCCUGCCUUACCGCUUGCUAAUGACAACAGCUUUCCACCCCUCAAGUGCUGCUUGUAAAGUAUUGUCAUUCAUGAUCCUUGUAAUGAUUAACUGGAAACCUUCCUCUUGGCUCUGUCUUGUAUAUAAAUGGAGAUUUGUGUGUUGGGUCUCAUCACGCAGAUGAUAUUAACUCUCUUUUCCUCUGUAUACCAUGAUGAAUAAGAAUAACCGACCUGCUGCUUUGUCAAGUGUCGCUGAACAGUAAAGAGCGCUGAUGAGGGAUCAGUUUUGCACAUCUCAGCUCAGUAUGGGUGAGGCGGUGAUGGUCCCAGUUCUGCGCUCUUGCUCAGAGCUGCUUGACAGAAGCAGGAACAGGUCUCAGCCUGUGAUAAAGUCUUAAUCUCAGUGCUCACAUUUAUCUUUUGAGUGUUCUGGAGUUCUUUCUCAUGUCUGUGGACACAUAACAAAAGUUGUCAAGAAAAAAAAAUAAGGCAAAUAAAUAAAUGAGUGUUCAAACUUA